AUGGUAAAGCCGACGGCUCGGUCACGGUCGGUUUCGGCUACUCCGGAGAUUGUCUCCAGAUGGGAUGCUGGCGGUGAUGUCAAAAAUGAUCUUAUCCGCACCAUGAUGAAGUGUGAGGGGAACAAGGAUGUGUGGAAGCGCACGGUGGAAAUUCAGAUUCGCCGGAGCAAGUCGAACGAUCUGACGAUCGUGCAGAGGAUCAAGAAGGUUGUGAAGUAUUGCAUGAACCCCAAGCGCAUCAAGACCCACACAAGGCGUGACAAGUAUGAAAAGGACAAGGUCGAAUACUGGGUAGAGGAGGAAACCAAAGGCAGCUAUAAGAUCAGCCAGAUGGAGGUGUGGAAUGACAAACGCGAGAUGGAGAUCUCCGGGGACAUGGACCUCGACGGCGAAGCCACGCCGGGUGACGCCGAUGACGACAGUGAUGAUGAUGAUGAUGAGAAUGAUGAUGCCAGCUUGGGGUCUUCAGGCUCUAGCGGCUCGAGUACAAAGGGGAAGAAGCGAAAGCGAAGUGGCAGGAGCCGCAAGAAAAAGCAAACAAAAAAGGACAAAAAGCAGGGGAAGGCAAAGAAAGCCAGGAAGGAGAAGAAACACAGAGUGUCAUCCCCAUCCUCAAAGGCCGGAACCCCCAACAAGAGCGAAGCGCUGGAAGAAGAAGCCCGUUCCGAGGCGAUCGAGAAUGCCGGCACGCUGAUGCAGCAGCUCCUGCGAGUCCAGACCAAAAUCGAGGCAUGUGCCGGGAAGCUAGAGGCGAUUCCGGGGGACAAGGCUAAAUCGAUUUUCGGUUGCACGGAAUCAUGCAUGGUUCUGUCGAGGGACACGAUCAAUGGCUAUGCGGCCAAGCUGUCGGGCUACCAUGAUGAGCUGGCUGAGAUGAAAGCAUCCUAUGCUGGCUCCAAGAAAUCCAUCUGCCAGAAGUCGGUGACGAAGCUCCACGAGAUCGUCGUUGAAGCUGAGUGUGCCAGAUUCGCAAUGGAAGAGACCAAGCUGAAGAGGACCCUGCUCAAGAAGCCCUCAUCGAAGGAUGUGGGUGCCGAGGCUCCGGAGGUAAGCGAGAAGCAUGCUUGCAAAAUGGCAGCAGCUAUGUACAAGGAGUUGCAAGAGCCUGGACCCAUCCAAUCGCUCGGGUUUAUCAAAGAGCUCAACAGGCUUCAUGUGACCGGCCAUGACAACAGGUUGCCGGAUGUGUUCUUGAAUUUCAAGCUGCAGGCCCCGGUUCCAAUAACUUACGAGGAGAUUGGCUUGAAGGGUGCUCACCCUACAUUGCGCCUUCGAUCUUUUAUUGAGACCCUCAGUUCAACCCAAGGGAAGAUUGAUCAUCUCCUGGUCGGGAAUGGUCCUACUGAGCUAGGAAGCUUUUGGCAGCGCUAUCGAAAACUUCACCCGAAGCAUGAUAUAUUUACUGAUCAUGCUUCCCAUCUACACGCUUGUGUACCAAUGAUGCUCCAUUUGGAUGAGGGGACUUCUCAUAAAAAGAAAGGCAUCAUGGUGCUUUCUGUGCAACCGGUUUGUGGCAAAGGCUCUACACAGAGUGGCGCCUCGGGUGUCAACUUGCUUGGCAGCACAUUCUGUACCAGAUUCUUGUACUCUGUGUUAUUGGCACGGACAUAUUCGACGAAAAAAAAGAUUCUGUAUGCUUUGCUGGACCACUGGCAAGAGGAUCUUAAUGACUGCUACAAGAAUGGAAUUCACAUCGAUGGUGUUGCUGGCUUGAAGAAGAUCUAUAUUGUCGUCAUCAAUUGCAAGGGCGAUUGGCCAGCCCUGACGAAGGCUGGUCGCCUGAGCAGGCACCAUCUGAGAGAUGCCCCGGCAAGUGACAAUCCGCCAGGGAUUUGUCAUUUAUGCUGUGCUGGUCAAAAAGGAUUUGCUUGGAACGAGUUCGAGACUGAUGCAAAAUGGCUUCAUGCUCCUAGCCCACUGCCCUGGACGACAGCUAGCCCACUGGCAAAGCUUCCACAUGACCGGGGUAAUGCGGCUGCUUUCUAUUGCAUUGAUUUGUUCCAUGCUGCACACAAAGGGGUGGUGGGAGACUAUGUUGCAUCGGCGAUUGUGACAUUGAUUGAUUACGAGAUUGUGGGCUCUGGCCAAUUUCCAGCACGUCUCGAUUGUUUCUUUGCAGAGCUUCAAAGCUGGUGCAAGGCCACAGGACAUUACUUGAACAUGGUGAGGCGGUGGUUCAAGGGAAAUGACACUACAAUUAUAGCAAAGUACUUGGAAGUGAAAUACAAGCAGCUCUUGGCUGACUGCGAUUCAGCGAUUGAAGGUGUGCUGUCCGCCAUCUAUGGCGGCCUGGUUGCUAUCAACAUAUUUAUGAGAAAGGUCUAUGCUGUUCCACUCUGGGUGUCGCCUGCAGAUGCUUCUGAAUUGGCUUCGCAAGGCUUGCUAUUCAUGCGAGCAUUCAAUGCAGCUGCACAUUCAGCUCUAGGUGCUGGCAAGCCGCGGUUCAAGUACAUGCCUAAGUUCCACCUUUUCGCCCACCUGAUUCACUAUCUCAGGCGGAGUGCCGAGAGGCGCAUCUACAGCCUCAACAUCAUAUCCUUUUCGUGUCAAUUAGAUGAGGAUUUCAUAGGGCGGGUAGCUGCCCAGAGCAGGAAUGUGUCGAUCCGCACAGUCCACGACCGGACUGUUCAGAGAUACUUGCUCAACCUUGCUCUGCGGUGGUGA